GAGUUUGACCACUUAACCACGUACCAUAAUUUCGUUAAUCUCACUCUUCUCUUUCUCUCUCUCUCUCUCCUAUCCUCCCUGAUUCCGCAUCCGCGGUGAGGAGAUCCCUGUCCCAGUAGCACACCAGAUUUGCAACCCUUUGUACACUUUCACAGUUUCUGAAUCAUGGUUGGAUCCAAUGACACCUGGCCUUCUCAAUCCAUGUUGGACAAAGUAAGACAGAGGGUUGUGGAAAUGUCUGGCAGAGAUGGUGAAGAAGUCAGAUUUGCUGUAUCACCUUACAGGAUUUGUCCACUCGGAGCUCACAUAGACCAUCAGGGUGGGACUGUUACAGCAAUGACAAUCAACCAUGGUAUAUUACUUGGAUUUGUUCCCUCCAGUGAUUCUCAGGUAUAUCUACAAUCUGGGCAGUUCAAAGGAGAAGUUAGGAUCAGUGUAGAUGAGAUUCAGUUCCCUGCUCACAUAGCCAAGUCAAAUGGUUCGAAUGCAGCAAAGGAUGAGCUGGAAGAAGCCAAGUGGGGAAACUAUGUCAGGGGCGCUUUAUAUGCAUUACAAAAGAGAGGAAACCAUCUAAAAAAGGGUAUCACGGGUUUUAUCUGUGGUUCUGAGGGUCUUGACAGUUCAGGUCUCAGUUCUUCUGCAGCAGUUGGCGUAGCAUAUUUGUUGGCUUUUGAAAAUGCAAAUAAUCUCUCCAUCUCCCCUACAGAAAAUAUUGAGUAUGAUAGAAUAAUUGAAAAUGAAUAUUUUGGUCUGAAAAAUGGCAUAUUGGAUCAGUCAGCCAUCUUGCUUUCAAGCCGAGGUUGUUUAACUUGCAUAAAUUGCAAGACCCGAGAAUACAAGCUAAUACAACCUCCAAAGUCCAAAAAUCAUCUGAAAACAGAGUUCGAAAGUGCAUACAAGAUAAUGCUGGCGUUUUCAGGCCUGAAGCAGGCCUUAACAACUACUCCUGGAUAUAAUCGACGAGUUGCUGAGUGUCAGGAGGCUGCAAGAAUCCUAUUGAAGGCGUCUAGAAAUGAACAAGAGGAACCCAUCCUGUCUGAUGUCACACAAGAAGUUUAUGAAGCUCACAAGAAUAAAUUAGAAACAAACCUAGCUAAAAGAGCGGAGCAUUACUUCUCAGAAAAUAAACGAGUUUUCAAAGGACUUGAGGAAUGGGCUUCUGGAAACAUUGAGGAAUUCGGGAAGCUGGUUACAGAAUCCGGUUUAAGUUCUAUUCAGAAUUAUGAGUGUGGUUGUGAACCGCUGAUACAACUUUAUGAAACCCUUCUGAAGGCUCCUGGUGUAUACGGGGCCAGGUUUAGCGGUGCAGGGUUCCGAGGGUGCUGUGUGGCACUAGUAGCAGCAGAACGAGCAGAAGAAGCCGCGACCUUUGUCAGGGUCGAGUAUUCUAAGCUGCAACCGGAUUUGGCAAGCCACAUUAAACAAGGAAAGGUGGUCUUGGUAUGCGAUGCGGGUGAUUCUGCUCGUAUAAUCUGAACGCGAGUGUAGCUUUUUCUGCAGUGUGAUACAAGACCACGUAUUAUACGUAGUUCGUUGGCAAACUACACGUAUAUAGAUUCAGCGCGUUGUGCGGUCUGAGCUCUCAUCCAUUCUUUAAUAUACAAAGAUAAAUGUUUGAGUUUUCUCUUACACUAUUCAAUUGUUUUGUAUUGCUUUCGUGCAUUUUUGCAUAAUCAAGCAAUCAAUUGGAGGAGAGUCUGUUCUUCUCAAUUGUGUUUUAGGGUUUUCAUUUCUUUGAUUUGAUUUGAUUUGUACUUGUAAUAAUAUUUGCAUGUGAUCAGCAUUUUCAACAGAAGACUUGAAAUUUGCUGAAAGGAUUGAGAACAGCAAAGUGUUUAUAUACUUAUUGAAAAAGUUAAUACCCGAUUUAGUUCA